AUGUAUCUUUAUCAUUUAAAGUUUGAGUUAUACGUCCCUGCGAUAGAUCAAGAAACAUCUUUCAUAGCCGAACACAAAGGAAAAUCGCAAGGAUUUAAACACUCGUACAUACAUUACGUUCCCAAAGACAUUUUUGCUUCUCUUCCUCACACUGCUUCAGAAACUAGACAGAGACGGCCGCAGCAAAAGGAUAAUAAAAACAGAUCAACAACAGUAGGCGACCCUAAAUCUUUGCAAACACUUUCUUUUUCAGAUAGUAGUAAGAAAUCUUUCAUCACCAAGUCAGAAGAUCACUCGCCAGCUGUCCCACCUACACCCGCUUCGGAGGAAGGUUGGGUAACUGUUGGUAAAAGAGCCAGGACUACGGCCAGUUCGUCGACCAGUACAUCAGCUAGUACGUCAUCCAUUAAAUCAGUUACGCGAAAUAAAUCCCACGAUUUUCGAUUUGGCAAACUUGAGAUCGAGUGGUUUGAUCAGGUUGAAGAAGGGAGUACAAUGAGCUCGCAGAAGAAUACUUACGCUAGUGUUUUAAAGAGUAAAAAUGAAGAUACCCAUGAGGCUGAUGCACGGGACAAUAGUCAAUCGUCGCCACAACAAAAUACCCAAUCACAGUCUGUUGAUGAGAAUAAUAGCAUCCACGAUACGGCUGGCACCAUAUUGGCUGUUUUGGCAGUCCCUUCAUAUAUGAGUGCCUCUGACUUCUUGGGAUUCGUUGCGCCUGUGAGAAAUUACGUCAGUCAUUUUAGAAUGAUUAGAGACUCUGCCCCAAACAAGUAUAUGGUAUUGAUGAAGUUUCGUCACCCGCGAGUGGCGAGAGAUUUUUAUGAUCAAUUCAACGGACGGCCAUUUAGUUCUAUGGAGCCUGAAAUCUGUCAUAUAGUCUACGUCCAAUCCAUAGAGUUUCACUCUAGUUCUUUGCCACCAUACGCUUUCCCUCUCCUUUAUGACCCUUUUAAAUCUGACCAAGAUAGCUCUAAGACAAAACCGCCAGACGAGACCUCUGCUGCUUCUUCGCUUUACGAAUUACCAACAUGUCCCGUUUGUCUAGAAAGGAUGGACGCAGGCGUCACGGGAUUAUUGACUAUAUUGUGUCAGCAUACUUUUCAUUGUCAUUGCUUGAGCAAGUGGGGUGAUAGCAGUUGUCCCGUCUGCCGGUAUUCUCAGCAGCGGGAAAUUCUCGAGGAUUCCCUUGAGCAGAAUGAAUGUGGUGUCUGCGGUGCGACAGAAAAUCUAUGGAUAUGUCUUUUAUGUGGAAAUAUUGGGUGUGGGAGAUACCAAGAAAAACAUGCAUAUAGUCAUUACGAGCAGACAUCGCAUUUGUAUGCUUUAGAAUUGGAAACACAGCGAGUAUGGGACUAUGCUGGGGAUGGAUAUGUGCAUCGCCUUAUUCAAAACAAGUCCGAUGGAAAGCUAGUUGAACUACCCAGUCCGAAUGCGCCCUCGCAAGUCCAGACACCACCCACCGAGCAAGCUGGACAGGAUAAAAUCGACGCUAUAGAUCUCGAGUAUUCAUACCUCUUAACUACGCAACUGUCUUCUCAACGGACUUAUUACGAGGAAAAAGUCAACACAAUCACCCUUCAGCUCUCAUCUCUGUCAGCACAAGUCCAAAAUUUAUCUGAUGAAAUGAAAGUACUCAAGAGUGAGAGAGAUAAAGCAACAAGUGACAAAAACGUGCUUGAAAAGGAGAGGAUACCGAGGCUUGAGAAAGAUAAACGGGCUAUUGAGAAAAAGUAUGAGAAAAUAAAAGAAAGGACGGAAAAAGUCGAAAAGGAAUACAAGGAGGAGAAAGAAAUGACGGCUUCAUUAUUAAGAAAACAACAAUAUUUUGAAUCCCAGAUGGAAGAAAAAGAUAAACUGAUCAAAGACCUUGAAGAACAAGUUCGGGAUCUCAUGUGCCAUUUCUCUGCUCAUAAUUCUAUGAGAGAUAAUCCAGAAUUAGCAGGAGGAGAUAUUGCUGUCGGUGAGGCGAAUUCCAGUUCACCAGGGAGGAGAAGAAAGGGCAAGAAGUAA